CUGACCUUGCUUCAUGUAUAAAUUGUCAGACUUUCUUGCAGAGGUAAACAGUGUGACAAAAUGUCAAUUAUAGUAAACUCCAGAUGUACUGAAAGAAGUGGAUGUAGUAAUUACAGUUUUCCUGUUUGUCAGAUUCUUUAUUGCCAGCUUAACUUCCUCAGAACUCUGGAUCUCUAAGGCUUUUACGGGAAACUCCACAGCUGCCCAGAAAUAUUUUACUCCCCCUCUCCUCCUCCUCCUCCUCCUCCUCCUCCUCGUACUGCUACUCCUCCUCUUUUGGGAAGACAUUCAAAUUGGAUGAGGGGAGGAAAAGAGGAGGACAUAAGGAAACAGUUUAUUUUAUUCUUAAAUGUUGAAAACAGAUAAUCUAUUGACUGUCAUAGCUGAUGAGGCCUUAAGCCACAAUAUCUGUGCUGUCACCCAACUGCUGCUGCUGCCUACUUACCUGUAGGCUUUAUUAUCUAUAGUAUCUAUAAUAUUAAAUGUCAUGCUCAACAAGCCUACAGCUGAGGAGCAAUGACAGGUCACUUUUUUUUUUUUUUUUUUUUUUGCAAACUAUGACUUAAUAUCUAUGAUCACUAAUCCAGAAAGCGAAAACACUUGUAGAGGAAACACAUGUGCAUCCGUCCUCUUUCCUAAUGUAUCGCUGUGUUUAUGGUGGCAAAAGGUCAUGCCUUUGUGUAAGCCUACGGUGGUGACGAUAAAUGACUGGCAGGGUAUUUGGGGAGUUGUGUUAUCGCCUUGCCAGUUAUUGUAUUCGCAGAGGUGUACUUUCCCCCUACUCACAUACAUCUGACUAAAACUAAACAAAACAAAGUAAAAACAGCCAAAGCCAGACAAAACACAACAAACAAAACAAACAUUUUGCCCAUCUUAAUGACGUCUGUUGUUUGGGUUCCCUGGCUGCGCGCGCAGCUGCCCGUUGAAGUGGGGAUUCCAGUAAACGGCUGAUGGCAGUCUGUCUCGUUAAGAGGAUUGGGAAACGAUCAAUUCCUGUCUCGUUUGCUCACUUUAGCGACGCCUCGUCGGUGUAGUGUCUCAGCUGAACAGUCAGCCCCCUGCGGUUUCCCCCUCCGCUGUAACUGAAACUGGAAAACCCCGGGGAGAGAGAGGGGGCAGAAACUGGCUGGAAAAUGAGCACUCGAGCGGGCGUCGACUACAGCGCCUGGGAUCACAUCUAUGUGUCAGACGACGAAGAUAUUACCAGUCCGUUUGUCGACACGCCGAGCUUAUUCAGAAUGAGACACCGGGUCAGCAGUGAAACUUGUUGUAGCCGUGAAGUUUGGAGUCUUAUACCUGGCCCGGUUGGAGAGAAUGGCUGAGUUUCAGCAGAGAGGGGAAGACCUGGAGAACAACUCUGCUGAGUGCAAGAGAUUACUAGAGCAAGCCCAGGGGCGACUCAGAGAGCUAAAAGAGGGAAGGAAGGAGGGAGAGGAGGAUGAGGAGAGAGAGGCUGAGCUGAAGAAAGUCCAGGCUGAGGUGAAAAAACUGAAAAAGGAUGAAAAGGCGUUUGAGAAAAUGAUCGAGGAAUACCAGAGAGAAGAAAAGAAACAGCCCUGGAAUGUCGACACCAUCAGCAAAGAGGGUUUCAGCAAGAGUGUACUCAACAUCAAGCCUGUGACAAAAGAGGAAACAGAAGAGGAAAAGGUCGAGAAGCACAAGACCUUUGUGGAGAAGCAUGCAGAGGAAAUUAAACACUUUGGUAUGUUGCGGCGUUGGGACGACAGUCAGAAGUAUCUGUCAGACAACCCACAUCUGGUGUGCGAGGAGACUGCUAACUGCCUCAUUGUCAUCUGUAUUGACUUUGAGAUAGAUGAGAAACAUGCACUGAUGGAGCAGGUGGCCCACCAGGCCAUCGUCAUGCAGUUCAUCUUGGAUUUGGCUCGGACGCUGAAGGUUGACCCAAGAGGCUGCUUCAGGAAAUUCUUCUCUAAGAUCAAGACUGCAGAUAAGCCAUAUCAAGAUGCAUUCAACCAUGAGCUGGAGUUGCUGAAGGAGCGCGUAUGCAGCUGUGCACAGAUUCGUAUGGAGAGCGCCAUGAAGGAGGUGGAGGAGGAGGAGAGGCAGAAGAGACUGGGCCCAGGUGGUUUAGACCCUGUAGAGGUCUAUGAGUCACUGCCAAAGUUUUCAUUUUCUAGGAAAUACAAAGGAGCUUUGAUGAGAAGAACAUUCAGAUGCUGCAGGAGGCCAUCAACAAACUGGACCUUGAGGAAGGAAGAUACCACCUGAGGAGGUGCAUUGACUCUGGAUUGUGGGUACCAGAUUCAGGAGAAGGUGACGAAGAGGACGAAGAAGAUGAGGAAGAAGGUUAAGAGUAGAAGGAUGAAGCUAAACAAUUGGCUAAAGGCAGGGGGAUAAUGUGUCUGGGGUUGAGUUGAACUGAUAUACUUGUUCUUUCCUGCCAUUUUGACCCACACCAUCUCUUUACAAUGACUCUGUGUUCUGUGUAAUUUGUUUGCAGAUGUCUCAAAUACUUUGUUUGUAUUAGAAAGCUCAUGUGUCAGGGUCCAACAGUGUGUGAGUAAUUGUUCAUACAUACAACAUAAUGUGCAUAGUCAUAAUAUUUAGGUAUACUAGGUAAUAUUAAAUCUAUGUGUAUCAAAAUGUAUAAUGUAUAAAUGUUUUAAAUAUCUGAAUAUUUAAUAAGCAUGAGGACUGAACCAUGUGAUUUAAAAAGAAAUGUAUGUAUUAGACUGGAUUUGCAAUGUUCUUUUAGUUUUAAGCUACUUUGUGCAGCUGCAUAAAAGAUUCAAGGUUAGUGGUUAGUGUUAGGGUCUGUUUUUAUAUUUUUGUAGAAGGUUGUUACUGAAUUAAUGUCUUUAGAAGCAGGGUGCAGGUUUGAUAGCAAACACAAUUAUUAUUCAUUAAUCAUUUUAAAAGUUUUCACACAAGAGUCUCUGCAAAAGCCACCACACCGUCUGAUUUUUUUGAUCGACUCAUUUUAUUUUUGAAGAUUGCUUCUUUAUGUCCAAAUAUGAAAAACACUAUACUGUGUAAAUUUCAAACUUUGCUCAGUACAUUAUUUUAAUGUUAAAACCAUAGAUAUGUCUCACACCUCUGAGUGAAGUCAGAGCAGUUUGAAAGAUCAGAAAACAAACUCUUUUUACAUUUUUCACAAACCUUACCAAUGCACCUGGCCUCUUAGUUGUACCAACUGGAAUAAAAACUGUUUUUUUUAUAAGA